AUGAACCCUUCAGCACCACCUGCGACGGCAGAAUACGGUGGAGAUGAGGUUUCUGCGAUUAUCCUCGAUCCCGGUUAUUCUUCAGUACGCGCUGGAUUUGCCGGCGAAGACGCCCCCAAAUCCGUAAUACCAACCUACUAUGCGAAAUACCCCACAACAGGACAGGAAAAGUACAUAUAUGGCGAUAGUAUUUAUGUGUCUCCACGACCUGGGCUAUCUAUCAAUAACCCAAUGGGAAAAGAUGGAAUUGUAGAAGAUUGGGAUAUGGCGGAGAAGUUGUGGGAAUACUCGUUUUCAUCGCGAUUGACUCGCACACAGCCGGGCAAUCCAAUGCUAAACGGAUUGAAUGACCCGGCGGAAUUACCAACUGAGAUGGAGAUUGUUGAGGCAGAAGAGAAAUCACUAUCUGAUACCCCUCUGCUCAUGACCGAGUCUGGUUGGAAUCCAACCAAAGCCCGCGAGAAGACCAUUGAAAUAGCAAUGGAGAGUUGGGGAGCGCCUGCCUUUUACCUUUCUAGAACCGGGACCUUAGCAGCAUUUGCGGCAGGAAAAGCGUCAGCUUUGGUCAUUGACAUUGGAGCAUCUACAGUCUCAAUCAGCCCUGUCCAUGAUGGCCUAAUAUUAAAACGCGGCGUCCAGCACUCUCCUCUUGGUGGAGACUAUCUCUCGUCCCAGAUUCGCGCUCUUUUCAAACAAUACACUCCACAACCUAUCACAAUUACACCUCACUACCUCAUCUCAUCAAAGACAGCUGUGGAAGCUGGCCAACCGGCUCAAGCUACAUACCGCGCAAUUCCAGAAGAUCAAGCACCCGAUCCGUCCUUUCGUCUCUUGCUAGAAAACCGAACUCUCUCCGAAUUCAAAGAAUCUGUCGUUCAAGUUUGGCCCGGUCCAGGCGGCUUAUCAAGUGUAAACCAAACAGGUGUCGCCAACGAGGAUAUUGCGAAGAACAGCCCAGGCCGCCCCUUCGAGUUUCCUGAUGGUUAUAACCAAUUAUUUGGUGUAGAUCGAUAUCGGGUUGCGGAAUCCAUAUUUGACGCGAAAGCUGCGAUCCCCGAUCCUGAUUCUGAAUUUCCUGCGCCCACUGCUGCUCAAACAAUACCAGAACUUGUGCGCAGCGCGCUCAAUCAGGUUGAUAUUGAUAUUAGACCGCAUCUACUCAGCAAUGUUGUUAUCACUGGCGGGUCCAGUUUACUGUACGGAUUCAACGACCGCAUAAACUCUGAAUUGACGGGAAUGUUCCCCAGUCCACGUGUACGUUUAUUUGCACCUGGAAAUACGGUGGAGAGGAAAUUCGGAUCGUGGAUUGGUGGGAGUAUUGUCGCAAGUCUGGGCACGUUUCACCAGAUGUGGAUUUCAAAGAAGGAGUAUGAGGAGCAUGGCCCCAAUAUUGUCGAGAAGCGGUGCAAAUAA